AUGUUUGCGCUGGUCUGGCGCUGCUAUAAGCAAUGGCCGGCACCGUACUCGGUUACUUCUUCGAGAGCAACCCUAUUCACGCGCCACGCAGCACGAUCACGGCAGCAAGCAAUAUACCAACCUACUGCGGCACAAAUACGCUCGAUAUCACUAUGGGGAUGGGGCUCUUCAUCAUCAUCCAAGGACGCAGAUUUUGCUAAAGUUCAUACGUCCCAGUCGAGCUCCGUUCCAGACGCUGCUGUGGGACAGCAUGGACAUACACCGGCACAAGGGAUCACUCCUUCAUCCCCGUCAAUACCAGCUGUCCACCAUACCUCCGACAGCCCUCCUCCAACUUCGAUACCUGUUGCCCCAAACUCAACACCGUCAGGGGUGAUUGCCUCUCCAGUUGACCAAUCUGUAAUCCUGCCAGCAAAAACUCCUUCCGUCGAUGCUCUUGACCCAGCCAAAACCCUCUCUGAGAUUCCCGAACGUAUUGGCUACCUGAAGGAGGUCUGCGGCCUAGAUUUUGGCUGGGGUCCAUCCUCGAUGAUGCAAUGGAUAGUCGAACACAUCCAUAUAGACGGCGACGUGAGCUGGACCACAUCAAUUAUUCUCCUCGCUGCAUUUUCGCGACUGUUGAUUCUCUUCCCAAUGAUCCAAGCCUCCGACUCGGGAGCAAAGUUGAAAGCUGCUGAGCCCGUAUUGAGACCUGUCAAGGAGAGGAUGAAAGCUGCCUACAAGGCUGGAGAUCACCGAAAGAUGGUAGAAGCUAGGACCGAAUUAAAAGAGCUCAACAAGGAAUAUGGUCUUUCGUCAUGGAAAAUGUUGAUACCAACUCUGAUUCAAAUACCGGCCCAGUUCGGUGCAUUUCGAGUGUUACGAAACAUGGCUGAGUUACCGGUGCCAGCCCUCGAAAAGGAGAGUUGGUUCUGGGCGCACGAUCUGACAUUGGGCGACCCGUAUUAUGUCGUCCCGUUCAUCAACGCGCUGGUCGUCUAUCUAACCAUCAAGCGCGGCGGCGAAAUGGGCACUACCCAAAUGCAGGGCGGCAUAAUGAUAUUGCUCUCCUACAUAAUGCCCUGCAUCUCCUUCAUUUUCAUGUCCAUCCAACCCGGAACCGUACAGCUUUACUUCUUCGUCUCCAGCCUCAUAGCCUUUAUCCAAGCUCGCAUCCUGACCAACAAACUCUUCCGAAAGGCCCUGGCCUUGCAUCCGACUGUGCCGAACCCCAAGAAAUUGAUCUCUCCGAGCAUAACACCAGGCGCCGGGCCCGGCAGCAACAACACCAACACCACCACAACCCUGACCACGACCACCACCCCAGCCACCAACACAAUAAUUCCAGCCAUCGGACCUGCAGGACUGAAACUCUACCAACCUCCCCACCCAAGCAGGACCGACAACCCCCUCGAGCCCUCCACUGCCUCAUCAUCAUCCCCCUCCCAGCCCCAGCAAGCCAACAUCUCCCUCAUCGACAAAGUAGUCAACCAGGCCAAAUCCCAAGCCAGCGAAGCACGCGAGGGAUGGGAUGCCGCCUGGGGAACGACCAAGGAAAAAAAGCAGAAGGAGGCGGAGAUCAAUAAGAUCAAGGCGGAGGCGCAGAGGUAUGAGACCAAGAUGUCGAGAGAGCAUGAGUGGAAUAGGGAGAGGAUUAAUCGCAAGAGGAAGCAAAGGGCGGAGCGCAGGAGUUAG